AUGCCUUCAAGGAAGCGGAAAUGUGAACACAGCAACAGUGAUGACACCCUUACCAAGAAGAGCAGGUCAUCUGUUGUUUUGUCAAGAAGUGAGUCCUCUACAGAAUUUAGCAGGAAACGAUGUUUAUCCUGGUUUCAUGAAUACACAGCUCCAAAUGAGGACACUCUUGGUCCUGAAGGGAUGGAGAAGUUCUGUGAAGACAUCGGUGUGGAACCAGAAAAUAUUGUCAUGCUAGCUCUUGCAUAUAAACUCGGUGCCAAAAAUAUGGGAUUUUUUACAUUUGAUGAGUGGAUGAAAGGCAUGACAGAGUUAUGUUUCAAACUACUUCACUACAGAUCUGACUCCACAGAGAAACUCCAAAAUAAAAUGGAAUACCUCAGGUCCUUAAUUAAUGAUCCAGCUGCCUUCAAGAACAUCUACAGGUUUGCCUUUGACUUUGCAAGGGACAAAGAUCAGAGAUGUUUGGAUAUGGACACGGCUAAAGCCAUGCUUUCAUUGGUGCUCGGCAAGAACUGGUCUCUAUUCUCUCAUUUUCAUCAAUUUUUGGAGCAAAGCAAGUACAAAGCAAUAAAUAAGGACCAGUGGUGUAGUAUUCUGGAGUUCAGCAGAUCAGUACGGCCCAACCUGGUCAACUAUGAUGAAGAUGGAGCAUGGCCAGUAAUGCUUGAUGAGUUUGUAGAGUGGUUAAGGAAGCAACGAGGAAUCCACAGUAAUGAAACCACAGUUUGA